AUGGAGAAUUCUAAGCUGGACUUGGCUAACGGCCAUGCUUUGGGCAUUCUAAAUCCAUUGUCGAACGGUGGCGACGCGCUUGGUUGCAACAUCAAUGGUAUGAUCCCGACGCUGAUUCCGCAGCAGGCGCUGAUCAGCGGUUUUCGAAAGGACUGUAUUCGUCUUCGUGGCCUGCCGUAUGAGGCACAGGUGCAUCAUAUACUCGAUUUCUUGGGCACUUUUGCCAAGAACAUCGUUUUCCAAGGGGUGCACAUGGUGUACAAUGCGCAGGGCCAUCCAAGUGGUGAGGCGUUCAUCCAAAUGGACAGUGAAGCAGCAGCGAACGCAGCCGCUAAAGAACAGCAUAACAAAUAUUUGCAAAUAGGCAAGAAGCAUCGCUACAUCGAAGUUUUUCAAUGCUCCGCCGACGAAAUGAACCUUUUCUUGACCAGUCCGGCACCGCUGGCUCCAAGCUUGCUUCCUUCGACGAUUGCGGCGCUGAGUGCAGCUCAGAAUCGGCUUUCGACUGCUGGCCUGGCAGGAUUGCUACCUUCGUCACCGGGCGCCAUUCUUUACUGGCCAUAUCCAACGCCUCCCGUUUCUCCAACAAAUUAUUUUGCCUCCGCAGCAACGAAUUUUCAUGCCGCUGUCAUUCUGAUGCGCGGCUUGACCUACGGCACGACAGUUGCGGAAAUUGUGAGCUUUUUCCGAGACUUUUCUGAGAUCACCUCAGAUGUUGUUCAGAUUCAACGGAAUGCCAACGGUCAACCGACUGGCGAUGCUCUUGUUUUGUUUUCUUGCCGCAGCGAAGCGGAGAGGGCAGUGUUGGAGAAGAACCAUCAUUUGCUCGGAAACAGGCCGGUGGAGCUUUACUUGUGUGGAAUUUAA